AUGGAUCGAGAUAAGCUAAAUCGUCUCGCUGGGAUACUGCAGCAAGCUUCGGAAGUUGUUCGAAGUGUUGAUGAAACUCAUGAAAGUACAACCUCAAGCAAUAACAGUACAAGAUCGACAAGAACAAGCACUGAUUCUGAGACACCAUCUAGGGAUGCUAGGGGUCGAUCUACCACAGCUUCAUCAUCAGCCGUUUCUGCCGGCAACUCGAUCACCGAAGCCUUAUCUAGAGCUAGGCAAAUGAUGACUGCAAGUUCGAAUUCUGGAUUGUAUAGACGAUUGAAUCGCAACGAGCGACUUCGUGCAACCGCAUCCCCAUCAAUGGGAAGACCAAAAAAGAAAGCUAAAAUAGAAAAAAAACCUUUCGAAUUUGCGUUAAUCAAAGCUGCGUCAUCUGAUGAUGAAGAAGAAGAAGAAGAGCAGUUGGAAAAUUUGAAAAAGGAGAAUAUUAUUGAAAGAGGAAUCGUGGAAUUAUUGGAGGAUGAUAGUGAAAAGGAAAUUCGGGCAAAAUUGCUAUCAAGCCUUAAGGGGACUUAUUCCAUUCUUGGACUGAACGAUUUUGAAUUCGUGAAGGUCACCCAGAAAAAAAUAACACUGCUAAAAAUGGCAGAAGGUGCUCAGUAUAACUAUGCUGUGGUAAAGAAACUGGCAGGUCAAGGCUUAUUAUACAUCAGAAUCAAGAAAGGGUUUGAAUUUGUCUUAAAUAAUCCCCCUGAGUCGGAUGAUGAAGAUUUGGUGACUGUGAUUGGUCAGGUUGAGCAACCUGGUAUGUCUGAAACAAAUACUUCAAGUGUCAUGUCUCCUACGUUGCUUUCAGAGAGCCAUUAUACUACCUCAGGUGUAGUUCAACCGCAAUCAUGGAAAAUUGAUGAAAGAUAUCAAACAAUUAUUGCUGAAUUUCCAAGUGACAUGAACGAUACUAGUAGUGAGAUGCUUAGAUAUUAUCAAGGCAAGGUUCAUAGAGGAAGGCCAUUAGAUAUAGUUGAUGAAUACACAGCAUUAGAGGGUGAAACAAAUUUUAUAACUGUGGAUCGAGAAAACAUUUUGCAGACAACAUUUGAAGAAUUAAAAGAAAUUGAAGAUCCUGCUGUUACAUUUGAAGUAGAUUUCUAUAGUGAAAGAGCUCAGGAUAGCGGUGGUCCUCGACGAGAGUGGCUUAGAUUAUGCAAUCGAAAGGUAAGAUCAAUGUUUGUUCAAAGCUCAAACUGUGUAUAG